ACGGAGUUAUACCUCCUCGUGGUUGCAUCUACCAAAUGAGUGAGGAAGAGUUAAGUGUGCUACAAGCACAACUCGACGACCUUCUUGAGAAAGGCUGGAUUCGUCCUAGCUCCUCACCAUACGGUGCUCCCGUUCUCUUCGUCCGGAAGAAGAACAAGGAUUUGCGGUUGUGCAUCGAUUAUCGCAAGCUCAACGCGCAAACGGUCAAGAACGUCGGUCGUCUUCCACGCAUCGACAACCUCCUCGAACGGUUGGGCGGCGCCAAGUUCUUCUCCAAGCUAGACCUCAAAUCAGGAUAUCACCAACUCGAGAUUCGGCAGGAGGACCGCUACAAGACCACGUUUAAAACGCGAUAUGGGCUUUUCGAAUGGUUGGUUAUGCCUUUUGGCCUUACGAAUGCCCCAGCCACAUUCCAAGCAGCUAUGACAACGGAGUUCCGACACAUGCUGGAUCGAUUCGUGCUCAUCUACCUCGACGACAUUUGGUGUACAGUCGAGUACAAAGCCAACCGCGACAAAUGCGAAUUCGCACGGCAGGAGCUGGAGUACUUGGGACAUUACGUGACGCCGCAAGGCAUCCGUCCGAUUGCGGACAAGAUCGAGGCCAUUCGCGUAUGGCCCGAGCCCACCAACACCACGGACGUUCGUUCAUUCAUGGGGUUGGCAGGCUACUAUCAGCGAUUCAUCACCGGGUACUCAAGGAUUGCUGCACCUAUGACGAGAUUACAAUCGCCAAAGGUGCCAUUCGUAUUCGAUGACGACGCACGCCAGUCAUUCCAAGCACUUAAGACGGCCAUGCUCAUGGCACCCGUCCUUAGCAUCUAUGACCCCACCCUGCCUACAAGAGUGACAACUGACGCUUCCGGCUAUGGCAUUGCGACAGUCUUGGAACAACACGACGGCGACAACUGGCACCCUGUGGAGUAUUUCAGCCACAAAGUGCCUCCCCUCAAUUCGCUUGAUGAUGCAAGGAAGAUGGCGCUGCUCGCGUUCAUGAUGGCUCUCAAGCGAUGGCGGCACUUCCUCCUUGGACGUCGUAGGUUCACAUGGGUCACGGACAACAAACCAUUGACCUACUACAAGAUGCAGGAUACGGUGAGCAGCACGAUCGGACGAUGGAUGUACUUCAACGACCAAUUUGACUUCACACCGAAACACCUCCCCGACCUCUCCAAUCGCGCCACAGAUGCACUCUCGCGAAGACCCGAUCUUUGCGCUAUGACACAUCAUGCCUUCGCAUUCGACGAGGAAGUCCAGCGACACUUCAUCCGGGGCUACGAGUCUGAUCCGGACUUCGCCACGUUGUAUGCGCAACUAUCUUCGGAUCACCCGCUGGCCAGGCACUAUCACAUUGCCGACGGGUACUUGCUCCUCCACUAGAGAGGCAAGGACUUACUAUGUGUCCCACGAGACCAUCGUCUUCGGACUCACCUUCUCGGCGAGUAUCAUGAUUCGUGAGUCGCCGGCCAUUUCGGA